CGCCCCGCACCCUAAACCCUGCUUUCGCUGGGAGAGGGUUUCGGAGCCGUCACGGCGAAAAGGUUCUACUUCCCUUGCUCGCCGCCGCUCCUUCUUCUGUAAGACUUGCCUCUUCUCGGGGUUCUUGGUGGGGGAAGAAGACUUCUUGGUGGUCGACAGCCAUGGCGAGGCUUCUUCGGUCCGCUUCUUUAAAGCGAGCCUUCUUUAGCUCAGAGAAAUAUGGGCCAGAAAUCAGGGGAGCUAAUAUCCAAUUCUACAACUUUUCUAGUAAAGGAAAAAGUAAAUCGAAGCCAGUUGGAACUGAAACUGGUGAAAAUAACCUGUCGAAGAAAGAUCUGGCUUUACAGCAAGCCUUGGACCAGAUUUUAACUUCGUAUGGAAAAGGCUCGAUCAUGUGGCUUGGCCGUUCUGCUGUUCCUAAAGAAGUUCCUGUUGUGUCUACAGGAUCUUUUACAUUGGAUAUGGCAUUGGGAAUUGGAGGUCUUCCGAAGGGCCGUGUUGUGGAGAUAUAUGGUCCAGAAGCUUCUGGAAAAACUACACUUGCUCUUCAUGUUAUUGCAGAAGCACAGAAGAACGGAGGUUAUUGUGCUUUCAUAGAUGCAGAGCAUUCUCUGGAUCCAGCGUUGGCAAAGGUUAUUGGUGUUAACACUGAUAAUUUUCUUGUUUCACAGCCAGAUUGUGGUGAGCAGGCACUUAGUCUCGUCGAUACUCUAGUUAGGAGUGGCUCAGUUGAUGUUGUGGUUGUAGACAGUGUGGCCGCCCUCGUACCUAAAACUGAACUUGAUGGUGAAAUGGGAGAUUCCCAUGUGGCACUCCAAGCAAGGUUGAUGAGCCAAGCUCUUCGCAAGUUGACCCAUUCACUUUCCCAGUCGCAGACACUCUUGUUAUUUAUUAAUCAGGUUAGAGCAACUAUGAAGACAUUUGGAUUUGGUGGGUCAACAGAAGUGACCUCUGGCGGCAAUGCCUUAAAGUUCUAUUCAUCUGUUCGCCUUAAUGUCAGAAAAUUUGGCUUGGUUAAAAAAGGCGACGAGACUUUGGGGAGCAAUGUCCUGGUGAAUAUUGUGAAGAAUAAACAUGCCCCUCCAUUUAAGACAGCACAUUUUGAGCUCGAGUUUGGCAAGGGGAUCUCCCGUGAGUCAGAGAUGGUAGAACUAGGUUGCAAGCAUGACUUUAUCACAAAACGUGGUGCUGUCUAUGGUUUUGACGGAAAGAGCUUCCGUGGAAAAGAUGCCCUUAAACGCUAUCUCAUGGAGAAUCAGGGGGUCCAAGAAGAACUAACGAUGAAGCUGAGGGAGAAAUUAUGGAACAACAAUGCUGAUAACACAGAUGGAGCAUCUGAUGCAGCAGAUGACACUGUUGCCAUUGUAUGAUGUGUCGUCAUUUUGUACAAGGGUUUGGGCUUUUCUUGCAGACCAUGCUCAGCUGGAAAUGAAAUCCAAAGAUGGUGAUCGAUUGGUAUCUGUAAUUGAUCUUGUCCAGUGUAGUGGACUAAGCUUUUGAUUCUGGAAGUUUGGAGGACAUGGUGGCAUCAGAGAGAAAAGUCCAGAUUUGUAAUGGUCAUAUGGAACUACUCUUUGCUUCGUACUUUACUAUUUUUCAGAUUUAUGAUUAUAUGCAAAGAUUGCGUAGCAAAGUGAUUUUGUAGGA